UAUACUUUACAAACACGUAAAAUAAUCUCUAUUUCUUCAUUAACUACAAUUUCCUGUCACACCCAUAUUUGUCUCCUAUUUUUGCCAUAGUUUCCUAGGAUUCGUCAUUUUUGAUAUAAUUAAUAUCAAGUGUUAUACAUCGGGGAAAUAAAUUAUUCUAAUUCUACCGCAUAGUUUUUCAGCCUGCACAAAAAAUACUGAAGUAGGCUUUAAUUACAGUACUCCUGGUGUCACCUGUCUGAUCUGAAUUGAAAAUGGGCUCCUACUUUUCAAUAUCUACGGAUGCGCCUCCUGAUCCCGAAUUGCUGGAGAACUUUUUUGCUAUGAGUAUGGUCAAAUUGGUAGAUCAGAUCACACAAAGUUCGAUCAGUAUCCUCGUGAUGCUCUGCUCUCUUUACAGUCUGGUAGCCAUUUAUGUCUCCAAGGACUUGCACACUGUCGAGUUUUUCCUCAUUGCUGUCUUGUGCCUCUUCAAUCUCCUCAUUCCUGGCGUGAUGGGAUUUAUUGGUCACGUGAUCGAAUGUGUUCACGCCAUAUAUUAUGGCUGUGAAUUUGUGGAGUAUGAAACGAAGCAUGGGUUGUUUUUGGCUAAAGACUUUCAAUCGUUCGACCCAUGUCACGGAUUUAUCAAAGAUGAUUCCUCCUCGCGCUAUCAGGCAAUGGGUAAAGCUAGUGGUCUCCUUCUAAUGAUUCAAGACGACUUCACCUACUGGACGACUAUGGUGCUUGUGUUUGCAAUUGCACUGGAAAGAUUCGUCCUCUACAACUUACCCCAUCUGAGAGACGAUCCCAGAUUCAGACCUCUAUUCUACAUUUGUGUGGCUCUUGGUUCUCUUUUUGCUCCUCUGGUCUACCUGAGCGACUUUUUAGCCAACUGCAAAGACGUGGGGGAUCCCAUCUGCGAUGACUGUUUCUUCUACUCGCAUCACGUGGCAGAGAAGUGUCUGAGAUCCCUGCUGGUGGAACUGCCAGCAGUCCUCAUUCCCGCCUUCUUCUUCUAUUCCUACUACAAGAACACUACUCUCAUCGUUCGACCGGAUAUCGACCUUCUUCUCAACAGAGUCAGCCUGUUCUUAUGGAUUGGCUGGAUUGUUACCACUGUACCCUACUCGCUCUUCGUCGCCUUUUUCCGGCGAGGCGAUUUCUCCUACAAAGCUAUUAUUGACCGCUACCAGGCCAAAGAGGACAACUUCCAACCAGGAGUAUACUUUGCCCACUUUUUGUUCGUGUCAGUUAAAGAUCUUUUCGGCUUAGUGGCCGCUUUUAUUCUGCUCGGCCUCGUGGAGCAGUUCCGAGUUCCUCUCAAGCAGGCAUUCAACAAAGUAUGCGUUUGCUGCAAAGUGGAAGCGGAAGGCCAGAUCGAAAUGACGUCCGUUCAUAGAACCGAAUGA